UCCACACAUUUCAAACUCACACGCCCAUGGCCAUCGAAGUUCAGAAACUUUUGCUUCUUCUUCUUCCUCUAUUCAUCUCCAUUUUCCCUUCGAUUAGCCUCGAAGAUGGUUUUGUUCAGUGUUUUUCCUCAAAUACACCAAACCCUAAUGCAACUUCACAAAUCAUAUUCACUCAAAAAAAUCCAUCUUUCAAACCCAUUCUUCAAUCUUCCAUAAGAAAUCUCAUGUUCUCACACAAAUCAACACCAAAACCGAUCCUUAUUGUCACCCCACAUAACAUCUCUCACAUCCAAUCAGCCAUAACCUGCUCCAAACAACAAGGUCUUCAAGUUAGGGUUCGAUCUGGUGGUCAUGAUUAUGAAGGUCUUUCUUAUACAUCCCACGAAGAAGAAGAUCAACCUUUCAUAAUUCUCGAUUUUUCCAACCUCAGAUCCAUAACUAUAAACCUUGAAGACGAAACUGCUUGGGUUGAAUCAGGAGCAACACUUGGAGAACUGUAUCAUGCAAUUGCUAAAGCAAGCAGGGUUCAUGGCUUCCCUGCUGGAAGCUGUCCCACAAUAGGCAUAGGAGGACAUCUUAGUGGUGGCGGGUUCGGUACGAUUUUCAGAAAAUAUGGUUUAGCAGCUGACAACGUAGUUGAUGCUGUCAUUGUAGAUUCUCAUGGCAGGUUACUGAAUCGUACGUUAAUGGGAGAAGAUCUGUUUUGGGCCAUACGAGGAGGAGGAGGAUCAAGCUUUGGUGUUAUAACUUCAUGGAAAGUUAAACUAGUGCGUGUCCCUGAAACAGUAACAAUCUUUGAUAUCUCUACACGCGUUGUUGAAGAUGAUGAUGAUGAUGAUUCUGUAAUAACAUUCAUGAAAUGGCAAGAUAUUGCAGAUAAGCUUCCUGGGGAGAUGUUUCUUCAUGCAGUGAUGGGAAUUGAAAAUGUGAAUAGUUCAUCGUCAUCCUCUUCUAAUAAAGCUGUGACAAUUUCUUUCACUGGGCUGUAUCUUGGAGAAGCUGACGUGGCAGUGAGUUUAAUGAGCGAGAAUUUUGCAGAACUGGGUUUGCAGAGAAAUAACUGUAAGCAAAUGAGUUGGAUUCAAUCUGUUCUUUACUUUGCAGGCUUCUCAGUGAAUUCCUCCAUUGAUUUGUUGACUCAAAGGAACCAAACAUCUCGGAUUAGUUUCAAAGCCAAAUCGGACUAUGUAACAUCACAACAAUCUAUUCCUCUGUCCGGUUUAAAAGGGCUAUGGAAGAUUCUACUGCAUGAGGACAAUUCUCCAUUGUUGAUACUGACACCUUAUGGAGGAAGAAUGAGUGAGAUUUCAGAGUCAGAAUCUCCAUUUCCACAUAGAAAAGGGAUCAAUUAUGGGAUUCAAUAUAUUGUGUCGUGGGAUAAUUCGAGUGAUGAUGAGAAAUACUUGGAGAUGAUGAGAAGAUUGUACGAGUACAUGACACCGUAUGUUUCGGAGAAUCCGAGAAGAGCUUAUUUAAAUUACAGAGACUUGGAUUUGGGAGUGAAUAGAGAUAAGAACACAAGCUAUGAAGAAGCAAGAACGUCUUGGGGUUCCAAAUAUUUCAAGAACAACUUUGAGAGAUUGGCUAAAGUAAAAGCUGCUGUUGAUCUUGGCAACUUCUUCUGGAACGAGCAAAGCAUUCCACCUUUAAUCUGAGGAUUUGUAUAAAUUCACUGAUUUAAUUAGUGUCUCAAUUAAUGUCAUUAUAUUUUAUUCCAGAUGAAGUAUACUUUAGCCCAAUGAUAUUCAUAUGGUUGUAGAUAAA